AUUUUGGCCACGCCCCUGUUUACACGUUCGUGUGACGUUGCACGUUGGGUGUUAUUGGUCGACGUGAAUCUUUCAGUCACUCAUUGCCAAUCGAAAGUGAGCACUAAGUUUUUCUUUUCCAAGUCAAGUGUUGUCCACAUGACAAGGCGUCGAAGUGCAAUUUUCCCCCAUCGAGUGCGUUGUGUUGCUUUUUUGUGAAUGGACAGCAGAGGAGGAAGGAGGCGCGAGACUACCUGGACUGUGAUUGGCCGAAACGGAUGACGCCACCUCCGCCGUGACGCCAUGCUCCUCAUUGAUAAUGAAAAAAAAAGGAAAACAGUCGAAACAAUCGUGAAGAGAAAGCCAGAGUGACAGGAAGAGGGGGUCGCGGUAACAAUGAGCUCCACGGGAAGCGAGAUGCGCUCUUAGAGGAGCAGCGCUGCGGUGCUGCGGGUGGGCGGCAAUCCACGCGGGAUCCGGAUCCAAAGGCGAGCCGAGCAGCCACAGCCAAGUCGACAGACCAGCAAGCAGCACAGCAGUCCUGAGAACACCCGACCCCGCAAUGGAGGAUCUUUGCGAGAUGGACUGCCCGGUACUAAAGCGGCUUCUGAAGGAGGACGGCUCCCGGUGCCUGCUGCUCGAUUGCCGGUCCUUCCUCGCCUACAGCGCGGGGCACAUCCGCGGGGCCGUCAACGCCCGCUGCAACACCAUCGUGCGCCGCAGGGCCAAGGGCUCCGUGCUGAGUCUGGAUCAGGUACUAGCCGGGGACGACGAGGUACGGGCCCGCCUGCGUUCCGGGAUGUACUCGGCCGUCGUGUUGUACGACGAGAGGACGCCCGACGCCGACGUGGUGAAGGAGGACAGCACAGCCAGCCUGGUGCUCCACGCGCUGUGCGGGGACUCCACGGCCACCCGCAUCUACUUUCUCAAAGGUGGUUACGACCGGUUCUUCUCCGAGUACCCCGAGUUUUGUUUAAAGACAAAAUCCCUGCCUCCGCUCACAAGCCAGUCCAGCGUCGACUCGUCCUGCGGGACGCCGCACAACGACCAGGGUGGACCCGUCGAGAUCCUCCCGUUUCUCUAUCUGGGCAGCGCUCUACACGCCUCCAAAAAGGAAGUCCUCGACGCAAUCGGCAUCUCGGCGCUGCUCAACGUGUCGUCUGACUGCCCCAACCACUUUGAGGGCGCGUACCAAUAUAAAUGUAUCCCUGUGGAGGACAACCAUAAAGAGGACAUCAGCUGUUGGUUUCUGGAGGCCAUCGAGUUCAUCGACGCAGUGCGCGACUCGGGCGGUCGCGUCCUGGUCCACUGCCAGGCUGGCAUCUCUCGUUCAGCCACCAUCUGCCUGGCUUACCUGAUGAAGAGGAAGCGCGUGCGUCUGGACGAGGCCUUCGAGUUCGUGCGACGGCGCCGCUCCAUCAUCUCGCCCAACUUCAGCUUUAUGGGCCAGUUGUUGCAAUUCGAAUCCCAGCUGCUCGCCACCUCAUGCGCCGCUGAGGCCGCCGCCACCGCCAGCCCGCUGCUAGCGCCCAAGACUUCGUCGGGAGUGGCCUCGGCCGCAGCCACACCCACCUCGCCCUUCAUCUUCAACUUCCCCGUGUCAGUGGUGAACUCCACCUACCUGCACCACAGCCCCCUCACCACGUCGCCGGGCUGCUGAUGGCCCGCCGUGACGCUGCAAACGCUUCCCAGCUCACAAACCAGCUUCUUCCAAUAAGUGACCCAAAAAAUACAACUUGACUUUCAACCAGGUUCAUGUGUCGGACUUGAGGUGACACUCACACUAUUGACACACACAUUAACAAUGAACUCAUGACUAACAAGUGAACAUGCUCGGCAUGAAGGCAGGCUCUGUUGCCAUUUGGGUUGCAAAGGGCUGGUAAAUUUCCAUGGGAGGUUAAACCAGGGAGUUUUGAAGACAUGUUUCAAGACAUUUCGCCUGGGAUAUAAGGGAAUUGAGGGUAACUUAACAUAAAUGUUUCAUAUUCAGGAAUGCCACGGUUGGCGAGUAUUUCCCCAUGAAAUGUUUGCCUUCCAUGAUCAUACAAACAUGUUCUGUUUCAAAGAAGAGGAAAACAAAUAACUGACUGAUUUAAAUGACAUCUCAAUUCAACAACUUCAAAUGAUUACCUUGUGAAAGGGCAAACAGGGUGGGCUCUCAGAUUGAGCCUUGAGGAAUACCGCACAUACUGUAGACAGACUAAUAGGUCCCACAAGCAUAGAAAAACCCCACGGUGAAGAUGCAAAGACGGAAUGGAUGUUUAUCUAUGGGUGUCCCGUGAUGAGAUGGUGGCCAGUCUAUGGUGUAGACCAGGGGUGCCGAUUACGUCAAUUGUGAUCGACCAGUAGAUCGCGGACUGGUCCCAAGUCAAUUGCGAGGGUUGUAGAGAAGGAAAACACAAGCAAACAACCAUAUG